GGACCAUUAUGUUUUUUGCUGGAAGCACAGAGAAAAAUGUGGGGUUCUAUUGUAUUUGUGGUUCUUUGGUUGAAUUCUGUGAGCAAUGCAGCUGUAGCUCGUUGGAGUCCUCGAGCUCUAUCAGAGGAACAACCUCAAACCCCACAGUUUUCUGGGCUGCCAUCUGGGUCUCUGGUUCCCCAGCUUUCUGGGCCACUUCUUUUUCAGCCAUCUUGGCAACUUCCCUCUCAACCUUCUGGGCCUCUGGCUCCCCAGCCUUCCGGGCCACUUUUUUCCCAGCCUUCCGGGCCACUUUUUUCCCAGCCUUCCGGGCCACUUUUUUCCCAGCCUUCCGGGCCACUUUUUUCCCAGCCUUCCGGGCCACUUUUUUCCCAGCCUUCCGGGCUGUUACCACCAGGGUCUGAUCCUCAGGUACAGGUAACUACUGCUGAUAAAUGUAAUCUGGAUGAUUCUGACAAGAUUCCCUGUGGUGAACCAGGCUUGGAUGCUUCCCACUGUGGUGCUAUAAACUGCUGCUUUGAUGGGCAGCAGUGCUACUAUGGUAAAACAGUGACUGUCCAGUGCACAGUCGAUGGGCAGUUUGUUUUGGUGGUGGCCCGGAAUACAACACUUCCUAGGAUCAGCUUGGAUUCCAUCAGCCUGUUGGGAGGAAGUGAUGGGCCCUGUGCUGUUGUGGACUAUAAUGCUGACUUUGCUAUAUACCAGUUUCCUGUAACUGCUUGUGGAACAAACGCAAUGGUUGGUGCUAAACUUGUUUCCAGGUAGUUGCUGCUUGUUUGUAGAGGUCUACAAUGUUUGUC